AUGAGCGCGUCAACCUCGUCAGCGUCCGCCUCCUUAUUUGUCCAUGCUCAGUGUGAGCUUCGCGCGGUAAUCCGUUUUCUUCACUCGCGUGGCGAGACGCCGGCGGCCAUCCAUCUACAACUUAGUACCUCUUAUGGAUCGACGUCUAUGUCAAUUAAAAAUGUGAGGAAGUGGUGCAGAAAAUUUUCAAAUGGGAGGGCGAAUAUCCAUGAUGAAGCCAGAAGUGGAAGGCCAUCUGUUUCAGACAAUCUCCAAGAACAAGUUGAGUCUGAACUUCGUGAAGAUCGACGAGUGACUGUUCGAGAACUUGAAGAAAAGUUGCAGAUACCCAAGUCCUCGAUUCACAGAAUCAUAAGUGAUUUGGGAUACCGAAAGUGUAGUGCAAGAUGGGUGCCAAAGAUGCUUACAGAGGAUCACAAACGCCAACAGGGACCACCAUUAAUUCGGCAUCGUAUUGUGAAACGCUUGAAUAAUUGCGUAAAGCCAUAA